AUGUCGGGACUCUCUGACCGGCUCUCGAAGCUGAAUCCGUUCGGCAAGGCGAAGACCGACGUUGAGGAUCUGGGAGAAGAAAUGCAACCAGAUUCCAUGGCCGGCGGCGGUCAUUCUACGCGGCCUACCAAGAUCACUAAAGAGCAGCUCCGUGUCAGCCACGCCGUCAAGAAGUUCUUGGUCGACCACAAGAUCUUCAAUGCAAAUGACGCUGCACUGGACAACGAUGCCACUUCUAGCGCUCUCAAGGAAUUGCUCGACAGGCCACAUGUCAAUGUCCCUCCUGCUGUGCUGGAUAGAUCACAUCCGCUUACGGAGUACUUCAUUUCAUCUUCGCACAACACCUAUCUGCUGGCUCAUCAACUUUAUGGCACAUCAUCGGCAGAGGCAUACGAAUCCGCACUCAGGACUGGCUCUCGUUGUGUGGAGAUUGAUGCAUGGGACAAUGAUGACGACAAAGACGAGCCAAAAGUCACACAUGGCUAUACUCUGGCCUCUCAUAUACCCUUUCGUAGCGUCUGCGAGACGAUACGGGAUGUUAUCGAUACAGAAGCCGCCGCGCCACAGCUAGGCUCUGGCUACAAAGCUGCGCCGGUCCUUCUUUCUUUAGAGAAUCACUGCAAUGCGCACGGUCAAUCACGACUUGUUGAUAUCAUGCGUGAAGUAUGGGGCGACAGACUGUUGUCUGAGGCUGUACGGAAUGAGGGCACCAGAGAGCAGGCAGGAACUGGAGAACAUGUGACGCUGGCCGAGCUCGGUUCCAAGAUUGGUGUCAUUGUUGAGUUCCAUCUUCCUGAUGGUGAUGGAGAGUCAUCAGACUCCAGCUCAGACGAGGACGAAGAUGAGCAAGUUCGCCUUGAUCAUCAAAAGUACCGCGAGCAAAAGAAGCAGAAUCCAGCCAUGGGCAUCGUUCCGGAGCUUGCAGAACUGGGCGUCUAUGCACAGUCGGUAAAGCCCAGAAACAACUCAUGGUUCGAAGAGGACUUGCAAGAUGGGCCCCAUCACCACCUCAUCAACGUAUCCGAGUCUGGUCUGCUCAAGCUCAUGCCCGCACACAGCGACAAGAUCAGUAAGCACAACGCCAAACACCUCAUGCGUGUCUUUCCGAAGGGUACACGAAUCAGUUCCAAGAACUUGAGCCCAGUGCCCUUCUGGGGUAUCGGUGCACAGAUCUGUGCUCUGAAUUGGCAGACUUUCGACCACAGUAUGCAGCUCAACGAAGCACUAUUCGCCGGCUCCGACGGCUAUGUACUGAAGCCAGCCGCCCUUCGUGCUGAUGGAUCUGGAAUCGUCGACAGUGGCAAGAAAAAGGUCCUGAAGCUCCACAUCGCAGGGGCAACGGAUCUGCCAAUCCCAGAGGAUCGAGAAGCUGACGAGAUCCGACCUUAUGUGACAUGCACUCUGGUACACCCAGACGAUAUCUCCGGUGACCAUCCGAAGGAAAAGACAGGUGUGUACAAGCAACAUAAAUUGCAGCUACUCCACAAGGGCGAGAAUCCACCCCCUACCGACCCUAUCUGGAACGAAACCUUGAAGUGGACGUACGCAGAUAACGAGCUGGCCUUCCUGCGCAUCCUGAUCAAAUCGGACGAUCGCUUUGCCCGGAAUCCAGUGUUCGUUGUUUCUGCUGUCAGACUAAUGUAUGCUGCCCCAGGGUGGUCGUUUAUCCGGAUGCUAGAUCUCAAGGGAAGAGAGACGCAUUGUACACUAUUAGUCAAGUUUGAGAUUGUGGACGCAUCUUCAGGCAGAUUUGGCGCUGGAAUCGCAGGAUCGGAUUAG